UGUAUUCAGUCUAUUUCAUUUUGCACAUUUCUAAGAGGAUUAAUAAAUAAAGAAUUCUGUGUUCAGCAGCACUAAAGCCAGUCCUCACUGUGUCUCCAUCAUGGCUGAAUCCUGGAGCCUCAGUGACUCUGAGCUGUGAGGUUAAACCUUCAUCUGCAGGAUGGAGGUUCUACUGGUAUAAAGCUGUUCCUGAUUUAUCAAAGAACAACUACAGAUAUGAGCUGCUGCCUCAUACCAUCCAUGGGUCUGAACUGAACAUCAUUCAUGGACAGAAACAAACAGCAGGAUUUACAUGUAGAGCUGGAAGAGGAAACCCAGAGGAUUUCACUGAUUACAGUGAACCAAAGUUUGUCUGGUCUGCAGAUUCUCGUCCAGCAGCGUCUCUCACAGUGAGUCCUGACAGAGAGAAACUUUUCACUGAUGAGAAAAUCCAACUGAAGUGUUCAGGAAGCUCUGCUGACUGGAGAGUGAGGAGAUUUACACAAUUAUACUACAAUCCAGAUUUAUCAAACUGCUCCAACUGGGGAUCAAUGACUGGAUCCUCAUGUACCUUCAUCAGUCUUCAGUACCACAGAGCUGUGUACUGGUGUGAGUCUGGAUCAGGAGAGUUCAGCAAUGCAGUCAACAUCACUGUAUACCCACCAGAUUCCAUCCUCACUGUGUCUCCAUCAUGGCUGAAUUCUGGAGCCUCAGUGACUCUGAGCUGUGAGGUUAAACCUUCAUCUGCAGGAUGGAGGUUCUACUGGUAUAAUGUUGUUCCUGAUUUCUCAAAGAAUUACUACAGAUAUGAGCUGCUGCCUGGUAGCAUCAGUGGGCCUGUAGAGAACUCCUUCAUCAUUCAUGGACAGAAACAAACAGCAGGAUUUAUAUGUAGAGCUGGAAGAGGAAACCCAGAGGAUUUCACUUAUUACAGUGAACCAAAGUUCAUCUGGUCUGCAGAUCCUCAUCCAGCAGCGUCUCUCUCAGUGAGUCCUGACAGAGAGCAACACUUCACCUCUGAGUCUGUGACACUGAACUAUGGAGGAAACUCUGCUGACUUCAUUUUCUCUGUCUGGUUUCCAGAUGAAGGUCUUCUCCUGGUGAGCCCCGUCCAUCCUGUGACUGAAGGAGCUUCUGUUACUCUGAGCUGCAGACUGAGAGGAGAAAACAAUAUUUCUGAUGUGAUUUUCUAUCAUAAUGACAAACUGAUCCAAAAUGACAGCAGAGGAGAGCUGAAGAUCUCUGCAGUGUCUCAGUCAGAUGAAGGUUUCUACAAGUGUGAACAUUCAGGAAAAGCUUCACCUCAGAGCUGGAUGGGAGUUAAAGCUGGUUCAAAACCGAGCAGCUCUUCAUUUCCUGUCAUUUGGGUCGUUGGUUCGGUUUGUGGAGUCGUUCUUAUUGUCCUCCUGCUGCUUGUGUGUUGCUUCAUAAAGUUCAAAGAUCCUCUCUGCCUCAGGUUGGUCGGGUCAGAGAGCAGAGGUCGUGGCUCUGACUCAAAUCACACAGUCAGUCAAUCUGAAGGUAAUGAGUACAGCUCUCCUCUACAUGGUGCAUCUAACUUGUAUGACUCAGUGAGACCCUCUGAAGACCCUGUAAAUGAUGCAAACGACGACCAACACAUCACCUACUCUCUCCUUGAAUUUAAAAACUCUGAAAACAAAAGGGACCACCGUGAACCACAGGAGGGCGCCGUUUAUUCUGAUGUCAGAGCAGGAGCUGCAGGAAGGUCCAGUCCAGCAGCAGCCGAUGCAGCCGUUUACUCUGAAGUGAAAUCGACCUCUGGAUACUGAUGAUGCUGAAUGUUGAUGGGAUUUAUUCAACAAGAUAUUCUUGAUAUUUACGUUAGAUCUCUAUAUAUUUAUAUAUAUUUUAAAAUAAUUUCAAUUGAGAUAAAAUGUAAAUAAUAUGCCAAGAUAUAUAGUUGAGCUAUAAUUCAAGAUUUGAUCAAGUGAGUUAUGUAAUAUUCCGGAGUUAAACAAAUUGCCUCCCAACUAUAGAUUGUGAAAACGACAACAGAAAAAUGGCGUAAAAAUGUGACGGAUCUCAAGAUGGCUACAAUUACUUUGUAGAAAUAGCUUUUUAUUUUUAUUUCUUUUCAUGAAAGGUAUAUUUAUGCCUAAAGUUAAGAAAAUCAAACACCAUAAAAUUAUCAGAUUUGCAGAUAAACAGCAGUGAGAAAAUGAAUUUUGUAUUACAAACAUUAGAGAUGUGUUUUAGUUUGAAGUGAACAAAGUAAUGUAAAUGACAUCAGGGCUAAAAGAUUUAAGUGAAUGAGUCAACCUAACCCAACAUGUAUUUAUGUGACCCCUUCUUUAUUCCUUUAGCGGCUUUCUGUUCAGUGAUCACUAUGUUUUAGGGGGACCGUUAUUGUGGUUGCACAACAUGUUUCUGUUUGUAUUAGGUUUGCUCUUUUGGGUUCUGAAGAGCGCAUAUUACAAUGUUUAAAAUUUAAUAUGAAAACAAUCUAUAAAAUAAAAAAAAAUAAAAUAAUAAUGAGGGAAUUGGGUCCAAGAGGCAGACGGUUGGUUUGACUUGUGGUUGAUGCAUCUCAACCACAGCAAACUUGUCCAGAGUUUCCUCAAGUAAAAACAAACUUUGAAUCGAUUUAUAAACAGUAUUUUUGCUCAGACAAUGUUGCUAAGUCCAUUAGAGCUAUUAUUUUAAAAUGUUAGCUCUAACUGAACUCAAUUAGACCUAAAACAUUUUAGCAUUAAAAGUGUUAGCUUUUUGAAGCUAAAGUGUUAGCUUUAAUUGAUUCUAGCCUCUAAACUGUUCACAAAGAGAGUCAGUUGCAGUAUUUGAAGAAGCAUUAAAAUCAGCUUUGGUCAUUUUAUCAGUGGUAGAAAACAAAACGUUGGGAUUAUUUUUGUGACUGUUAAUUGUUUUCUGGUAAACUAUGCAUUUCUUGAAUUUCUGACAGCAGAGUUGUAAAUAUUACGUGGUAGAUUGUCGAUUUUUUUUCCCCCUCCAUUUCCUCUCUGCUUUACUGGAAUUUUCUGUUGAGUUUCUUAAUAUCUGUAGUUUUCCAUGGGCAUACUCGUUUAUUAAAAUCUUUUUUUGAGAAUAGUGGAGCUGUAUGGUCCAACUUUGUUUUCAUUUUGUUGAAAAAGU